AUGUCAUGUGACGCGAAGCGCAAGGAGGCGGCGACACCGCAGGAGUCGCGGCAGCAGCAGAAAAAGCAGCGCAUCGAGCGGGUGCUGGCGCAGCCGUCGGGGGAGCUCAAACUAGCGGCGCGCAAGCUGUGGGAGACGCUCCGGCAACGCGACCUAGAGGCAUCGGUGCGCUCGCAGAAGAUGACGGAGAUGAUGGCGCUCCUGUCGGGCCACAUCAAGGAGAUCACGUUCAAGCACGACAUGAGCCGGGUGCUGCAGACGUGCCUGAAAUACGGCACGGCAAAGCAGCGCGACCAGAUCGCCGAGGAGCUGCGGGGCGGGUUUGUGGAGCUGGCGAAGAGCACGUACGGGCGGCACAUUGUGCUCAGGCUGCUGAAGCUGUCGAACCGGUUCCGCGGGGAGAUCAUCGAGUCGUUCUACGGGCAGGUGCGGAAGCUGAUCAAGCACAAGGACGCGGGGGUGGUGGUGGAGGAGUGCUAUGCGACGUAUGCGAAUGCGCGGCAGCGGUGGUUGCUCUCGGCGGAGAUGUACGGCAAUGAGUUUGCGGUGUUCAAGGACGACCAGCUGAAGUCGCUGGACGAGGUGCUGGCGAAGAACCCGCAGAAGCGCCAGCCGGCAAUGCUGUCGCUGAAGGGCGCGCUGACGCCGCUGCUGGAGAAGGCCACGGUGGGCCAGUCGAUAGUGCAUCGCGCGCUGCUGGACUUUCUGCGGCACGCCGACCACCCGCAGCGCAUGGAGAUGAUCGAGACCAUGCGCGAGCUGGUGGUGGAGAUUCUGCAUACGCGCGACGGCGCCCACGCCGGAAUGCUGCCAUCGAUCAAGUCCAUCAAGCCGUUCGCCGAGCGCGUGGCCAAGGAGGAGUACGGGCAUGCGGUGAUCCUGCAGGCCAUGGACUGCGUUGACGACACGGUGUUUGUCAACAAGACGCUGGUGCCCGAGCUGCUCAGCAACGCCCACGAGCUGCUGGCCGACAAGUACGGCAGACGCGUGAUCCUGUAUGUCCUGGCCGGCCGCUGCCCGCAGUACGUCGGCAGCGAGGCCCUGAAGAUCCUGGAGGCCGGCGACAGCGUGCGCGCGGUGACCAGCAAGAAAGACCCCAGUGCCAGGCAGCGCGAGCUGGCCGGGCCCGUGUCCGAGCGCCUGCUCCUGUGGGCCGUGUCCGAGACGCUGCUGCGCGCGCUGGGCGACAAGCAGCAGGCGUGGGAGGCGGUGCUGGCGCUGGUGCGGCGCCAGAUCUCGGACAAGCACGUGUUGGUUGAUCCGAUUGCCAAUCGCGUGAUCACCAACUGCAUCAUCGCCGAGCACACAAAGCCCGAGGGCGCGGUGGUCGGCGACCAGAACCCGCAGUUCGGCUCGGACGUGCUGAGCGCUCUGGAGGAGGAGGGCUGCUGGUGGAUGCGGCAGUGGCGGGCGCGUUCCCGGACCAAGGAGCUUCUGCAGGGCGCGCGCGCGCAGAUCGCGCAGGCCAUGGACAAGGCCGAGAAGAAGCGCGCCCUGUCUCGCAGCACAGUAGUCCAGUUUUUUGCCCAGUAA